AUGAACAUUACCUUCUUGUCUUUUAUUCUUUUCAUAACUUUGAAUUUAGUUGGUCCAUCUCUUGUCACCGUUGAUCAGUCCGCACCAAAAAUCAACGUUACCGUUUCUGUCACACCAAAACGUUGCAGUCCAAUAAAUUACUUGACUAUUAAAUGGAAGACUUACGGUGUUCCUGAAAAUG